AUGGGCAACAGCAGAGGGACGGCGAGAGGAGCGGUCGGAGGCAGCAGCGACACGGGGAGGGAAGACGGGGUUGCCGGCACGCCGCGUGAUUCCGGAGGCUCCGCGGCCCGGGAGACGGCGGCGAGAAGCGGCGCAAACGAGGGGAAUGGGAACGCUGGCAGCACGGGGAGGGAGGACACAGGCACACAGCGUGCUCCUGGAGGCCCCGUGAUCCCGGCGCUGGCGGCCAGAAGCGGCGCAACCGGGGCUGCUCCCCGCCUGCCGUCGCGAGGAGGGCCGGGUCCGAGGGGCUCAGGUCCAGGCCGGGAGAGGAGUUCCACUGGGCCAGGGAAUGUGAUGAGUCCAUGCUCCGACCAGCAGCAGAGUGGCGCGGCGUCAGACACGGUUAAGAACAGUGCUUCAGGUUCCCUGUCAAGAGAUUCAGACAGGAGCGCUGGCUCUCGGAAUGGCGCAGAAACACCGACGAGUGAGGGUGGCAGGAACGGGAACGCUACCAGCUUGUUGAAGAAGCGGAAAAGGCUCAGCAAUUCGAGAAAUUACGUGAAUUUAUUCAAGACGGUCAAAAGAGCGAAUGACGCAGAUGUAGCCGUUGCUUCUCCUGACAGAGUGGGCAAGGAAAACACUUCAAGUGGGCAUGUCGCAGACAGCAACAUCUCUAAGCUACACAAAGGUAGCAGCUUAACUGAGAACAACAAGAGACAUUCAAGCGAUGCUGCAUGCAAAGUUUCCAGAAGUCUUGGUUUUGGUCUACAUGAAACUUCAGAGACAAGAGUUAACCAAGAUUCUGUACCGGUUUCAGAGGUACAGCCGCGUAAACCUACCGAUGUGCCCCUGCAAAAUAUAACGGAUGAAAGCAGUCUUCCAGGGAAGGCUAGAAAUCGAUCCACUGCCCCUGCAAGACAAAGCUGUUUAUCAUCAUUGCAAAGUGUGCCAGUAUCUCUUGUUCACUGUGAAGAGAUCAAGAACACACUUGGAGAUGGUGAACCUAUUAGCGUUCAGAAAGAAGUUUCAGCUUCAGGACAUAGCAAGGUGAUCCCAUCUGAUCAAACCGAUGGUAACUCCAACAUAUGUGUUGCUUGUGGAACCUCAGGAACUCUUAGGUCUUGUGAUGGAAAAGGUUGCCAAACUAGAUACCAUAUCUCUUGUCUGGAUCCUUCCCUGGAAUAUUUGUCUCCUGGAAUUUGGUUCUGUGCCAGCUGUACAAAUAAGAGGUUCCAGUUUGGUUUACAUUCUGUUGUUGAUGGAAUAGAGUCGGUCUGGGAUGUCCAGGAGGCUGAGGGAAUGCAAAAUAGCAUGCUUUAUUUUGUUAAAUAUAAGAAUCUGGCGCAUGUCCAUAAUCGUUGGGUUCCAGAAGUUGAUAUCAAUAUCACUCCUGGAGGUCCUGAUCUUCUUUCCUUGUUUAACAAGAGGAAUCAUACUGAAAAGGCAAUUUGGAAGGAGGAAUGGACUAAGCCACACCGCCUGUUAAGGAAGAGGCUACUCACCCCCCCAAAAUUAGCUGAUGAUUUCUUUUCCUCAUCUGGUGUUAAAUACUCAUAUUGUACUCUUGAAUGGUUAGUGAAAUGGAGGGGUCUUGGCUAUGAUCAUGCAACAUGGGAAUUAGAGACUUUGCCCUGUUUAUGUACGCCUGAGGCUGACCAACUUAAAAAGAACUACAAGAACCGCCGUGAAGCUGCAAAACAAUCAUCUAUCCCUACACAAGCAAAGGUUAAGCAAAGCUUGUAUCAGAAACUUGAGAGAUUACCAGAUGGAUGCCAUUCUGAUUUUGACAAUGAUCACUUGUUUUCUAUCAAUCACCUCCGAGAGUUCUGGUACAAAUCUCGUGGCGCUGUUCUUGUUGAUGAUAAGGAGUUUGUAAUAAAGACUGUCUUAUUCACAAUGUCUGUAUUACCUGACGUCAAUCAACCCAUCCUAAUUGUCACAACUCCUGCUUCUCUAUCCUUAUGGGAGGUUCAAUUCAAUACCUUGGCACCAUUUAUCAAUGUUGUUGUGUAUGAAGGAGGGAAAGACACACUCAAAUUAAUUCAAGGUCUGGAAUUCUAUGAGAGCGGAAGCUCUAUUAUGUUGCAGGUUCUCUUAUCCCAUGCUGAUGCUAUCUUAGAGGAUAUCGAACCUAUAUCACGCAUUGGUUGGGAGGCAGUUAUAGUUGAUUAUUAUCAAAAAUCAACCUUACAUUAUCUCGAACAACUGAAGCAGCUUUCCACUGAUUUUAGAAUGUUGCUUGUGAGCUCCCCAAUUAAGGACAAUCUUCCUGAGUACAUGAAACUCUUAGAUUUCCUUAAUUCCGGAGAGCAAGAAAAUGGCAGUUGCGUUGAUACUGCUGAUGCCCUUGUGAUGUCAAAAGUAAACUUCAAAAGUCAUAUUGCAUAUGAGCGCCAAGCAGAUUCUUCAAAAAUAUCUGAGCACUGGGUUCCUGCUUACAUUUCACAAAUGCAGCUAGAGAUAUAUUGUUCCAUACUUCUUUCAAAUUCAUCUAUCCUCCAGUCAAAGAUGAAAAGUGAUGGCUCUCUUUGCGGCAUUAUUAUGUCUCUCUCAAAGUGCUGUGAUCACCCCUACCUCGUUGAUGAAUUCCUGCAAAAUUCGCCUGUCAACAAUCACGAUCGUACUGAUACAGAUACCAGAGUGCAAGCAUGUGGCAAACUACUGCUUCUUGAAAAAAUGCUUAAGGAGACAAGGAACAAGAGGAUGAGAGUCAUUAUUCUUUUUCAAUCUGGUGUAGCAGGUGGAAAAUCAAUGGGUGAUAUACUGGAAGGUGUUGUUUGUGACAGAUUUGGCCGCGAGUCAUAUGAGCGUAUUGAAAGUGGUGCACCAUUGUCAAGGAAAAAUGCAGCGUUAAACAUGUUCAAUGACAAGACUAAGGGGAGAUUUGUUUUUCUGAUUGAAAGUCGUGCAUGCCUCCCAAGUGUUAAGCUGUCAUCUAUUGAUGCUGUUAUCAUAUACAAUAGUGACUGUAACCCACUAAAUGAUCUGAAGGCUAUUCAAAGAAUCAAAAUAGAGUCACAGAAGUAUCCAGGCAUUUUUCGUUUAUACACUCCUUUCACCAUGGAAGAGAAGCAGCUUGUGCUUGCAAAACAUGGCAUGCUUAUUGGUAACUACAAGGAUACGCCACAUAGUUUGGGCCAUUCAUUGAUCAGUUGGGGUGCAUUGUAUCUUUUCACAAGAUUUGAUGAGCUUCAGCAUGAUAACUAUGCAAGUAGAAGUUUUGAAAGUGAUAUAGUUAUUCUGGAGUUAUUAAAAUUAGCCACAAAUGUUGAAGACAUCACUGAAUUCAAUUGCACGUCCAUAUCGAAAGCUAAUAUGAGCGGGGAGUUUUAUUCAAGAAGCAUUGUUUUAAUAGGCGAAAAUGUGGCAAUGCCUGCUUUGGAUGGAGAUCCAUCUAAUUUCUGGUUAAAUUUACUGGAGGGGAAAUCCCCUCGCUGGAGCAAUAUAUCUGAGCCAGAACAAUCAAGCCACAGGAUGGUACAGAACACAGAAGAACCAGCCAGAGUUCCCGCUGAAGAAGCCAGUGAAGCCAGAAGGAAGCGUAGAAAGGUUGAUGGAAUCACAGUCCCAUUUUCAAAACGUUCAUCUGACAACAGUUAUGAUGAUAUAUUACCUAAAAAAUGUUCUACAUUGAGCCCCCAUCUUCAACAACUUGCUGACACACACCAAAAAGAAGGGAUGAAAAAACUGACCACACCAAAGAAUCUUCACGUUCAACUUAAGCAAGAGCUGUCAAAACUAAUUAAGGUGUUACAACUGCCGGAUAAUGCAAGACUUCAGGCCGAACAGUUCUUUGAAUAUUAUUUGAAGAAUCAUCUAGUUGUACCCGAGCCAGUGGAGAUAUUGCACGCGUUCAACAUGGCCUUGUGUUGGCGUGCUGCUUCUCAUGUAAAUUAUAAGAUAGAUCGCAGGGAGUCAGUUGCCCUUGCUGAAAAAAGCUUCAAUUGUGAGUACAAUGAAGCGCUUGCGGGAUUGAUCUAUACGAAAUUAAGGACCCUAAAGAAAAAAUUCCCGAAUAGAGCAGGUGAAACAAGUAUCAAGGGUCAACCAGUAUCAGCAGAGGACACCCAGCUUUCAUGGCAAGAAACCUCUACUAACUUGGAAAAUGACAACAUGUUCCAAAACAAGGAAAUUGAUCUUCAUGGUAAUUUCACAAAUGGUGCACCUCAAGAGGUCUCAUCUGUUGCUGAUGAAACUCGCAAAGAAUGUCAUGUGCCAAAUGACGAGCCUCCUAAUAUGACUGUGGAGAAAAACAUAGAUUUCAUUGACAAUGUUUUCUCCUUAAGAAAAAAUAAUAUCCUUUGCAAACAACAGCUUGAGAUAUCAGGUUUAGUGACACACAGGCAGAACAAUGUCAUCAGACUGAAAGAAGUUUGCAAGUUAGUUCUGGAACAUAUUCGUAGAAGUCACAUCGAUGAAAUGACCAGGAUUGAAAAAAUAAAGCUGACUGCUCAGUGGUUCGCUAUGCUCACGUAUGCAUUUUUGGAGCACAUGAAGCUCCAGCAUGACAAGCUUGAGGGACUGCAGUCUGAUACAUGGUCUUCAGAGUGUGAACUGAAGGAAAAGCUCCACCAGGUAGCAAAAUCAGGCCAAUUAGAUAAAGACUUUGACCGGCAUAUUGCUCUACCUGACUCAAACUUUGUUAUGGAAGAAUUCAUCCAUCUUAAGGAACAGAAUGAUGAGUAUCGCAUUGCUGAAAGUUCUGUGUCAGAUUGUCAGCAGUCAUCAAAUGACGCAUUGUCGAUGGAGAUUACAUUAGUACAAAGUGAAGCUUUGUCAGAUCCCAUAUCUAUACAUGCAAUGGAAAAUGAGCCAGUUGAGACUUCUGUGGGCUCUGGCGGGGGGCCAGCAUCAGAAGCCGUUGAUUUUGAAGAAAGCAAUAUCCAAUCUACUUCUGAUGGCAUUAUUGCACAAAGAGCUGGCUGUUCAUCAAGUACUAUUCCUGCAAAUGAUGAUUCCACCGGUCAGGAAUCCUCAACCAGUGAGUGUAUAAAUACUGAACAUAUUGAGAUAGACAAUAUUGCUAAGCCAAUUAUGUUGCCGGGAGGUGCAACUUCCCUUGUUAAGGGAGUUCACGCAAACAAUGAUGACAUUCUUCACGCAGAUGGAGUCCACUUGGAAUCACCAAAUUUGACUUCUUCACAAAGCCUUGCAGCCUUGGUGGGAACUCAAGCUGUUCUAUCAUGCAUGCCUCCCCAACAAAGCACAGAUCUGUCAGCUCAACAAACUGUAGCACCUUCACAGUGUCCACCUGCUGAAGCAGAGCAGACAGGUUUGUCGGGCACACAGGCGGUUCAGGUUUUGCAGCCUGAAAUGCAACCAUCAAUCUUACUUUCGGGUGCUCCACCUCAAAGGACGCACCCUGAUGACAGGAGCCAAGCAGGUUGUCAACUAGAUAGAGCAACUGGACUGUCAAAGGGAGGUGCAGCAACUUCUCACCAUUUAGGUGAUGUCAGAAUGGACGUCCAGGAAAAAGAUGAUGGCAAUGUAGUUGCUGAUCCAGUGCUUCCAGAAUCUCCAACUUACCCUGCAGAUAGCCCAGUCACCCUACAAGUGUCUAAGGAAGUUGAAUCCCACAUCUGCGAACCAAGUAUGGCUGCGAAACAAAGUUUGGCAAUUUCGCGGCUUCCACCAGCUGAAGCAGAACCGUCAAAUAUAUUAGGCACAGAAGCAGCUUGGAAUUUGCAGUCCGAAGUGCAAUCAUCAACCUCAAUGCAGGAUGAACCUGCAGAGGGAGAGGAUGAACCUGGGGCAGAGGAUGAGCCUGAGGUAGAGGAUAAACCAGUGGGCAUGGUGACAGCCCAUGAUCUCCAGUCCGAAAUACAACCAUCAGCCUCAGUGCCUGCUGAACGAAGUACAUGUCUGCCUGCCCAACAAAGUUUAGCAACUUCACGACAUCCACCAGCAGAAGCAAAACAGGCAGAUAUAUUAGGCACAGAGCCAGUCUGCGAUUUGCAGCCCGAAGUGCAACCAUCAACCUCAGAUGAACCUGCAGAGGCAGAGGAUGAACCUGAGGUACCUGAGGAAGAGGAUGAACCUGAGGUACCUGAGGAAGAGGAUGAACCUCCAGAGGCAGAGCGAGCAGGUACCUUGGGUGCCAUAGCAACUCAGGAUUUGCAGCCUGAAAUGCAAUCAUCAACCACGCAUGUAGAACCUUCACUGGAUCCACAUGCAAUGGUAGACUCGGCAGGCAUGGUCACAGCUCACGAUCCCCAGUCCGAAAUACUACCAUCAGCCUCAGUGCCUACGGAACAAAGUACAAGCCUUCCUGCCCAACAAAGUUUAGCAACUUCAGGACAUUCACCAGCAGAAGCUGAACAGGCAGAGGCCACAUGCGAUUUGCAGCCUUCACAAAGUGAAGUGCAAGUGUCAACCACAAUGCAGGAUCAACCUACAGAAGGAGAAGCAUGUAUCUUGGGCGCCAUAGCUGCUCGGAGCUUGCAGCCUGGAACACAACCAUCAACAUCAGCGCAGAGUGCUCCUUCUGAAAGAACCUAUCUGGCUGGCAUGCCUGUGCUACAAAGUUAUAGUGUAGAACCUUCACUGGAUCCACAUGCCAGAGCAGAAUCAACACAUACUUUGGGCUCACUGAUAGCUCAUGAUCUGCAUACUGAAGUACAUCCAUCAGGCUCAAUGCAGGAUCGACCUGCAGAAGGAGAAGGAGCAGCUAUGUUAGGUUCCACGGCAGCCCAGGAUUUGCAGCCUGAACUGCAAUCAUCAACCACAGUUCAUGUUCCACCUGAAAGAAUGCACACUGAAGAAAGGACACAAAUUGGUUUUCAGCCACAUAGGGUACCUGCUCUUGAGCAGCCCACCCAACAACAUCCAGUCACAAGAUUAGUGUUUAAUAAUCCAAUUCUUAGUGACGAACCGCUGAAAAAUGAGUUGGACAGGUUAAUGCAUUGCAACAAUGUGCUUAGUAAAGACCAUGAACAUAAGAAAUCACUACUUCUAAUAGAGUACAACCAAGAAAUAGAGAAGAUAAAAAAGAAGUAUGACUUCUUACUUCAGAAAGAAGAUUCCGCUUAUCUUCACACCCAGCGUGAGCUUACUGAUCUCUACAGGAAAGUGUUUGUAAACAAAUCACUAGCUGAUAAUUUUCAAGGGAUGUUCACACCAUCAUCUGCAGCUCAAGGGAGAUCGACGAACCCUGUAAUGGAGCGACAAUUUGAUUCUUCAGCGGCUCAGACUGCAGCAUUACCAGUUAUUUCCUCAUCAGCCAUCAGACCACCAGGAUCUUAUGUCCGACCUCCGUUUGUGGCUGAAGCAUCAUCAUCAUCAUCAUCAUACAGCAGCUACGGAUCCGCUGGAGCACAACCAAGUGCUGUCCAACCACUAUCAGCCUUAGCCAGCAAUCUGUAUAGAAGAACAAUGUCACAUGUUCCUCCGCCGCAUCUGCCUCAUGGCAGCUACAGAUCUGCUGCAGACCAACUGCGUGCGCCCUCUCCUCAUCUCCAGCAGCCGAGGAUACCCUCUCAGCAUGCCAUGCACACGGACCAGCAGCAGCUUCCUGCUACCAGUACAGCGGUUGCAUCAUUGGGACAGUAUGCCCCUGCUAUCAUGGGAAGCUACGUAUCGACAGUUCCACAGGGAGGCGCCGUACUGAACUCCAUGGACCCAAGUUCAGCUCACCAAGCAAUGCUGCCACCAGCAUCAAGCUCACGCCCAGCUCGCCGAGCGUCCUCGCUGCCACCUGGCCGACACCCAGAGUCCAUGGUCAACUUGCAGCCAUCUAGUUCAAACCCCAUCUUCAUGCCAGCCCAGCAGCAAUCACCAUAUCCAAGCAUGGCCUUGGGCGGCACCUCAGGUCCGCAGAAUGCAGCGCCAGGAAUCCAGCAGCACAGAGGUGCUCGGAUAGCCGGCGUGAAUCACAAUCAGCCUGGCUCUGAACCGGCGUCGCUGAACCCGUAUAUGCCAGCUAGGUUCGGCCUGGGUAGCAGUCCCACGGACACAGCGGUGGUGUGCCUUUCUGACGACGAAUAGUCCGAUGUCUUGCUGACUUAGUAGCCGCCAAUCUAACGCCUCUCGCAUCAUCAUCUAUGUAGCGAAGCGAUGGACAGUUGCAAAUGAGGGAGAACAUUGCACCUGUUGAGAGAACAUUGUACUGAUGUUAUUACAAAGUUUUGUGUAGUGCCAGUCUUCGUAGCAAAUGUCUGACAAUUUCUUUUCAUG